AUGUGCUCCUCAGCUAGUCUGCCACUCUCUGCUGGCAUUCUACCAGAUGACUGUACUGUGGAUACCUCCAGUAGUCAAGGAGCCCGAGUGUCGAAAGCAUCCUCGCGCACAAAAUUAGCUCGCGCAGAGAGAGUCCAUCGCAGAGACAGCUCAAGAACUAUUAGAGAGCGGGAUCGAAGGCGGUCCACGUCCGCUUCGAAUCAACCUACCAGCUAUGAUGAUACCAGUGCUGGGGUACUGUCAAAGGACUUGCUCACGGACGAAUCGGAGCUGACCAGAGAUUCUGAUUAUCACCCAAUACAUGAUGAGAAUUUGCGAUUGGGAUUGCGAAGAUUUCAUUCAACGCCCGCGACGCCUCCUAAGAAAGGAGUUGGCGGCGGCGGUAAUGAUGGGCAUCAAGAUGGGACUGGAGCUGGGGUUAGAGAUGAUGAUUUAAUGCAAAUGGAACUUGAUGAUGAGCCACCUCCUCAACAAAAUCCAGGGAAUGAAUCCAAUGAUGGGCGCAGUGACCAGUAUUCGUCUGGUUCCUCGAAGGAGCCGUCAUCCGAGUCACAGUAUUCGGACACACCACCGAUGUUUAGACAGCCACAGACCAACCCAAUUACAGAAGAGCAGCUCAUCAACGAGGUUCGAAUGAUCUAUUCCGGGCUGGUCAUGGUGGAAAGGAAAUGCAUUGAGGUCGACAAGGAACAAACUGAAUCCAAAGCCCAAUUAUCAGACACCCAGUGGCAAGCAAUGAUAUCUUUGCAUCGAACACUGCUCUAUGAACAUCACGACUUUUUUCUCGCAUCCCAGCACCCAUCCGCCAGUUUGGUGUUACAGUCUCUUGCUGGAAAAUAUGCAAUGCCUGCGCGAAUGUGGAGAUACGGCAUUCAUUCGUUCUUGGAGCUGCUUCGACAAAAGCUUCCGGACUCCUUGGAAUACAUGCUAAACUUCAUCUACCUCGCGUACUCGAUGAUGACGCUAUUGCUUGAAAGCGUUAUCGUGUUCCGUGAGACUUGGAUCGAGUGUCUUGGAGAUCUAGCACGAUAUCGUAUGGCUGUGGAAGAGUCAGAUAUGAGAGACCGGGAGGUUUGGGCCGGAGUCUCGCGAUAUUGGUACAAUCAAGAUGCUGAUAGCAGCCCUGACGUGGGCCGUAUCCAACACCAUCUUGCAGUAUUAGCUCGUCCAGAUGUGCUUCAACAGCUUUUCCACUACACGAAAGCGCUAGUGAGUGUACGUCCUUUUCCUAAUGCGCGAGAGAGUGUGGUGCUUCUUUUCAGUCCGUAUAGUGGACAGCAGAAAGCUUUGAGUCAACAUACUUUGAAUCAACAUACCAUGGUUACUGCGUUCAUUGCCACUCAUAGUGCCUUGUUCAAUGAAUGGCCGGCUGAUCAAUUUAUUACUUUGGCAAACCACUUUUUGUCACUCUUGCGAGAUGAAGCUCGGUACCUGGGCCGCCAGGGUCAAACAGGAGUUUAUAUUAUGUCGUGUAAUAUCGCGUCUAUCCUUCAAUACGGCGACACUGACCCUGGUAUGGCUAUGGAAAUUUGUCAAAAAGACCACCAGUCAGCCACAGAAAACUAUAAACUCGCAAUUAACUGGACGUCGGGCUUGGACUUGGACUUGGAAACCAAGAUCAAGGAGGCUGGCGAACCAACAGAUCCAAGCGUCCUUCUCCCUCGAAUGGCCCUGCAAGGCAGUGCCCUCACUUUCCACUCAAUCUCCGUCCUACUCGACUAUAUCGAUGAUCCUAGCAUAUAUCCAACCCUACAUCCGAACGUUAUGCAGCAAGUCGAGAAAUUCAUCCCUUGGACCAGUAUCGCAAGGUUCCUCAACGCCCUCAUUGGGCCCGACAUCAACUUCGACAAGACUGAAGACAAGGCUUUCCUACAGUACGAUGGCGCUGCUCGUUACCUCCCAGAGGACUUUCUCAUUCGUGGUCAAUCAUGGAGCCAACUCUAUUUUCCCGAUGAUUUUUUCAAAGAUGCCCCCUCGGAGGAUGAGAGACCUGUUAUUGAACAACCUUUCAUUGCCAUCCCCCGCAAGCACAGGUGCCUCUGGUUAGGCGUGCGAAUAGCAACGUUCGAUCGCUGGAUAACAUAUAUCAACCGCAGAUUCAGCAUCACUCAGCGUGCGCUCGGGAAUGCGUCGAUUGCGGAGUCUUGUGGAGGCCUCAAUAGCAGACCAUCUAGACCAUUUUUUGGACACCACGACACGUGA